UUUUUUUUUACCUUUUAUAACUUGUCCCUUCGGUUAUUCCAUCUGAGAACAAUAGAUCAACCAUACAAUAUAUAAGAGUGUCAUGGCUACUCUUAGCGCGCACCCGAGGUUCAUACGGUCUAUCACACUAGAUCGUGCCGCCAAGUUCAGCUCUCCCGACAUUUAUAGCGACAUUAACCUCUUCUCACAGCUCUAUUCCAAGCGAUCAACUGAAGCUAUCGAGCUCUCAGUUUACUCUGUUCCUGACCUUAGACGUAUUUCUUUCGACGAAGCCAUAAAACAGAAUUUCAAACCAACUAUUCCGGGCACCAAAUUUGGUCCCAGCUGGAGUACGCAUUGGUUUAAGCUCAAGAUCACUGUCCCUAAACAAUGGUCUGGAGAGCACGUCGAAUUGCUAUGGGAUUCAAACAGCGAAGCCAUGGUCUGGUCCACAGAGGGCAUACCCCGUCAGGGUUUGACAGGCGAUAAGGGUAACGAUCGACGAGUCGAAUAUACUCUCACGAAAAAAGCUAAAGGUGAAGAGAUCAUUGAGCUAUUGAUUGAAAUGGCCUGUAAUGGCAUGUUUGGUGCUGGCAAGGAUGGGGUAAUCAAUCCGCCUGAAGAGAACAGAUAUUUCCAGCUCAGCCAAGUCGAGAUUGCAGUUCCAAAUAAAGCCGCCUGGCAGCUCUUUUACGAUAUGCAGGUCAUACUUGGUAUAGCAAACGAGCUUCCUCACGAGGAUGUCCGUGCUCAAGAGGCUCUUUAUGCCUGUAACAAUAUCAUUGACAACUUCAAUAGGCGAGACAUAGAUGUUUCACUAAAGAAAUGUCUUGAAAUCAGUAGCGAGUUUUUGUCAAAGAAAGCUGCCCCAGGGGUUCAUACGGUCACGGCGGUCGGGAACUGUCAUAUUGAUACCGCUUGGCUGUGGCCGUAUGCUGAAACACGCCGUAAGACUGCCCGCAGUUGGUCCACACAAUUACGACUUAUGGAGGACUAUCCAGAGUAUGUUUUUGUGUGUUCACAAGCGCAGCAGCUUGAGUGGCUUUCCCAGGAUUAUCCAGAACUAUUCAAAGAGAUCCAGGCGGCUUCAGAAAAAGGCCGUUUUCAAGUCAUUGGAGCCACAUGGGUUGAGAUGGACUGCAACCUGCCCAGUGGUGAAGCGCUUUGCCGUCAGUUUUUAUAUGGCCAACGAUACUAUGAAAAAAAUUUUGGGUCUCGCUGUAAAAUUUUUUGGCUUCCAGAUACAUUCGGAUAUUCUGCUCAGUUGCCUCAAAUCCUUACACUUGCCGGUGCUAAAUACUUUUUCACGCAAAAACUGUCUUGGAAUAAUAUAAACAAGUUCCCCAACACGACAUUUACUUGGGUGGGCCUUGAUGGAACGAAGGUUUUGACUCACAUGGCGCCAUGCGAGACUUAUACCGCGCAAGCUGAUGUUUCCGACAUGAUCCGCAGCGUCAAGAAUAAUCGCGACACAGCUUACAGCAACCAAAGUCUGAUGCCUUAUGGUAAUGGUGAUGGUGGCGGAGGGCCCCAACGCGCUAUGUUAGAGCGUAUUCGGCGCAUGGCAAAUCUUGACGGCAUACCUCGCUGUAAAUCAGGAAGUGCUGAAGGCUUCUUUGAGAAUGUAGAGAGGCAGGCAAAGGGACUGCAGGAGUGGAAGGGUGAGCUUUACUUUGAGCUUCACCGUGGCACUUACACCUCGCAAGCAGCAACCAAAAAGUACAACAGGAAACUUGAGUUCCUCCUUCGUGAUGUGGAAAUUGCUGCAACCUUAUGCCUUGGCUUUGGAAGAAGUGGGUUUAAAUACCCUAAGGAAGAACUCGAUUCCUUGUGGAAGGAUCUUUUAUUGAAUCAAUUUCACGACAUCCUCCCAGGGUCGGCUAUUGAACUCGCCAAUAUCGAUGCUCGUGCCUUGUACAAAGCAAUUGAGACCAAAGCAACAAAGCUACUAGAUAAUAGUCUCCAUUCGCUUUAUCAAUCUUCAUCGCAGCUUGAAGGAGGCGAAGCACGAUAUGUAGCAUUCAACACUUUAGCUUGGUCUCGAUCUGAAAUCCUUGAGGUCCCGGUGCGGCCAGGAGAUAAUUUACAACAAUACUCUGCAGACAAGAGCAUAGGAUACGCUGAGGUUGAAAAUGAAGGGUUCUCCUUCAAAGAGAUUUCUGGCUCCAAGGCGGAAAAGGAGGGAGUCCGAGCAUUUACCGAAGGCCAGCAUAUUAUCCUGGAGAACAGCUGGAUCGUAGCCAAGUUUAACCAGCAAGGUCAUCUGAUCGGUCUCUACGAUAAACAAGAGGUCCGUGAACUUAUUCCUGAAGGUCAGGCAGGCAACAGGCUAAAGUUUUUUGAGGAUGUUCCACUCUACUGGGAUGCAUGGGAUGUAGAGAUUUAUCAUCUCAACACUGGAAGAAAUGCAGGCACUGCGAAAGCUCGUAUCGAAGAAGUGGGUCCGCUAAGGGCGACUAUUAUUGUCAAUCAUACGCUGUCAGAGAAUAGCACAGCUGUACAAAGUAUUGUGCUGAGUGCUGUGUCACCGCGACUCGACUUUCACAUGGAGGUAGAAUGGCACGAGAACCGUGUUAUUUUGAAAGCUGAGUUUAUAUGGGAUAUUUGUUCUGAUUUCGCAACGUACGAUUCACAGUUUGGUAUUGUACAGCGUACUACGACCUACAACACUAGUCACGAUUAUGCAAAGUUUGAGGUCUGUGGACACAAAUUUGCAGAUCUCUCAGAGCAUGGGUAUGGUGUGGCGCUGCUCAAUGACAGUAAGUUUGGAUAUUCAUGCCAUGGGAAUAUGAUGCGGCUAUCAUUACUGCGUUCGCCUAAAGCUCCAGAUCUUAACUGUGAUAUGGGGCAUCAUGAGUUCUCAUUCGCAAUUUAUCCUCACAAGGGGACAUUUCAUGAGUCGAACGUAGUGCGUGAAUCGUAUCAGUUCAAUGCGCCAAUGGUUGUCAAGGCUGUAUCUCAGGAUGCUCGGGCUGAGCGUAUGCCUGAGUCAGCUUUCAAGAUCGAAGGCGCCAGGAAUGUAGUACUGGAUACGAUCAAAAGAGCUGAGGACUCGGACCAUGUCAUAUUACGACUACAUGAAGCUUUUGGUGGCCGUGCCAUGUUUAAGCUCAAGAGUGUACUAGAUAUCCAGACUAUCCAUAGAUGUAAUAUCAUGGAAGAUGAAGGGGUCCCUGUAGACUACAACAAGAAUCAAAAGACCUCAGGAUGGAUCAUUUUGCAUGCAUUUGAGAUUUUGACUCUAAAGCUGAAGCUCAAGUGAGACAAAGAAAUGAAAAGACUAGAAUGAAAAGGGUUAUAAACAAUAAACUUUGAUCUCAG